UGAAGAAUCUGCUGAGAUGCUCCAUCAACUGGCAGACAAACUGCCCCCUUCUGGUCGCGCAUUAGUUGAUGUAAUCAUACACUGCUCUGAUAGUGAUGCUCCAAGACUGAAAGAUUGCUUACCAGUACUUGGUGUUCUAAAAUGCUUGCAUGCAUGGCAUUCAGCAGAGAUCAGCCUAGCAACAAGGAAUGUGAAAAGUUGGCAGAAGAUUGCAGAAUUUCUGUCUGCAAAUGCAGUGGAUUCGGAUAAUCUGAAGAAUGUCAUUGACCCAAAGAUAUUAUGGAGAGGAAAACUUCAGAUACGGGAAAGAAAGUUUGCUUCAGAAAUUCAGUUUCCAAACUUCUGCUUAAAAAGUGUUUCAUCUCGUAAUGCUUUGAAGACAUUGCUUGCACUAGCUAUUUCUCUGGCAAAGAAGAGAAUGAAAGAGACUCAUGCAAAAAAUAUGCUUUCAGAGGUAUUCCACUAUUAUGGCCCAGUGCUUGAAUUUGUCCAGAUAGUGCUACUUUCGGACCUUCCAUCCUACUUUCAUUCUGGCAGACAGUUUGAGUUAUCCUUGUCAAGAAGUAACAUUCAAGGCAAAUCAAAACUUCUGCUGGAACAGUUUUCAGCAUUAAAAGGAAGGGUUGGUGCCUUGUUCCAUUUAGGUUGCGUUGUCAGCAAUUUGAAUCUUUCUCCUGCUAACCAGCUAAGCAUGCAGAAGUGGAAGGAGUAUAUGUCAAAAAAGCCAAAAAACAUCUUGGUUCCAGAUGUUGAUAUAAAAGGACAGAAUGCUGGCUAUUACCUUCUGAUUCAAGGCAGUGGAAGAGGAGGCUGCAAAGCAACUCUGAUUAAUUCAGCAAAUCAGAUCAAUGGUGCAGCUGCUUUGGCUGUGGUAAAUGGACAGCUAAAGGACAAGAAGUCAGAUCAAGCUACCAGUAAGCAAGCUACCAAAUUAGACGUUGCUGGUAUACUAAAGUCCAUGCCAUGUGUUCAAAGAGAUCAGCUGCUUGAGAGAGAACGAAGACUCUGCCGCUUUCAGACCCUUAUUUUGAAGGAACUCCAGAAGAGGCAACAGGUGCCAAACACUGCUUCAGAUAUUCAUGUUGCAAACAUUAAACCCCUGCUGACUCUUGCUCGGGAGCAUUACUUCAAGCUGAGCAAUGUAAAGCCUCUCAAGACCAGCUCACAAAAUGCAGACAAGGAGAAUACAUUCUGUUCUUCUGCUGUGCAAAGUUAUGUUCAGCACAGUUAUUUGGAGGGGCUUGAAAGAAGUGUUAUUACUAACCUGGAAAAUCGUGAAAAGAUGAAAAGGAAGAUAAGAGCCGGAUUUAUUGUUUCAGGCUCUUGUGAAUCGUUGUUAGGACCAAGGGAGAAUCAGAAGGCACAAACCUCAGUGUUGGAUGCUAAAGAGUUACUGAAGUAUUUUACUCCAGAUGGAACCCCUGCUACAGAGCUUCAACCCAUACAGAUUCAGAGAGGUGAGAAUGUAUUCACUUUGACACCAAAUCUGACUCCUUGGAAAGUAACACAGUUGCACUUUAAAGAGGCAUCCACCUGCUCUUACCAUGGCCUUGAGUAUUGUAUCGACAACAAAAAAGCCAUAGAAAGGGAUAGAAGAAUGAUUAGGCUUCAGUCUCGCCUGAUACGAUAUGAGACGCAGACAACAUGUACAAGAGAGUGCUGUCCAAUACCAUAUGCAUUGAGCCCACUUCCGUCCCCUGCUGUCUUAUCUGAGCCUGGAAGUGUGCCUGAUGGAGAGAUGUUACAGAGUGAGCACAGACUUGAAGUGGCAAGGUUAAAACGCAAAAGUAGGGAUUUUGAUGGCUUUCAUCCUAACAAGAGGCUGACAAAGUCUGAAAGCACAGAAUCACUGCUUUCCCAAGCGAGUGGAAGUAGUGGACACCAUCCAUCAACACUAGUCUCAAGGGAAGGACCACCACAGCUGACUGUUUCUAUCAAAUUACCCAGCAAACAGCCUGAGAAGGUGACUACAAAGCUAGUACAGCCGCAGCAGCAGCAGAGUCAAGGAAGUAAGCAGAAUAAGCAUGCUGCCCAUCAGCAAACCAAAGAGUCAAGGUCUCAGAAGCACACACGGAUGCUGAAGGAGGUUGUUGCUAAGACACUUUGCAAACAUGGCAUUUCGGAGGAUCAUGAACGUUUUUCAGCCUGCAGUGAGCGAUUAUUUGAAGUGUCAAAGUUGUACUUAAAGGAUCUGAAGACCUCCAGGGGUCUUCAUGAGGAAAUGAAGAAGGCUGCUAAUAAUAACGUAAAGCAGGUCAUCGACUGGGUUUUGGAAAAAAUCAGUAAGUGAAAUGGCUUUUUCAAUGCAUGUUUAUAAGCUCUGAAUAUUGAGAAGAUCUAAGUAUUGAAGAAGUCUCUACAAGUAUCAGUUUCAGACUGAAAAAUUUCGGAAAAAGUGGAUUAAGUUAAACUGUAAUGAAAUUCAAGCAAUUAUGAAGUGGCAGUUUUUAAGGUGCAAAGCAAUGAACAUUGUUUGCUUUUAGAAGACUUAGAUGGAAGAUCUCCUAAAGACAAGCUGGGCAAAACUUUGCUUCCAGGUUAGAACUGAACUUGUAACACCUAUAACACUAAAAUGUAACUGCAAAGCUUUGAGUGUGUCUGUGUGUGUGUGUAGAUAUAUAUAUAUAUAUAUAUAUAUAUAUAUAUAUAUAUACACACACACACACAUUGUACUUAUGAAUUAUUGUUAUGAAUUAUUGUUAUUACAGCCACUGGGCAUUCACUUUUUUUCAUGUAAAAUGAAUUAUUAAGCUGAAUUAGAUUAACUAUGUAGUUUUACUUGGAUUUUUCAAUGUGCUGAAGACUGAAUUAAAUUGUUUCAUAGAGGAGUAUUAUCCAUUCAUAACAGACUUGCUGUAUGCUGUAUAUUUUUAGACUUUCACGGUGCCAUUUAAUGUGGGAUUUAACCUGAUUCCGAAUCCCAAGAAAAGACUUAACAGCUAAGAAAGGCGUAUGUCCCAAGUAUGACUGCUAUUCUGAUUUCCUGUAGCCAUUUGUAAACUCAGUGCUGUACAGCUGGCAUAGAACUGUUCUUUCAAAUCCUUAUUAUGUCCUUUAGUUAAAAGCAUUUUACUGUUUGCCAUCACUUAGUUGUGUCAUUAAAUGUCAUCUGCAUUGCUUUUGCCAAGUAAUUUUCCUUUUAAAUAUCUAUACAUAUAUAA